GUGAGCCCUCUGCAGGAUUAUUGCGAUCUGACACCAGCCCGGGAUUGCAUGGCGCCGAGUGACUUCGCUUGCUGACUUUCUGCAGCUUUUUUUGAUGGAGACCCUGCACGGAAUCAGCAAGGACUCAGCUGUUCGGGGCAGUAUCGUGGCGCAAAUGCAACGCUGAAUUCACCAUGGGUCUCCCGAAUCCUUUCCUUUUGCCAGCAUCAUCUCGUUACUAUCAUUUCUUUGGGCUUUUUCUGCUCAACGUGUGGAUAUCUCUUGCCCAGUUUGCCCCAGAAUGCUACCCAGGAGGAUAUCAUAUUCUUCAGAACGCUCAGCGCAGCAUUCACUUUGAUUCGAUUGAGCUACAGCAGUUUGCAAUCCAGGACCUGAUAUGCGAUCAUUCCCUGACACCGGGAUGGUACCGUUUCAUGAUUGGAGAUCAGCCAGCAGAAAUGCCAACCAAAUGUAUUGAAAUGAAUAAAUGUGGCACACAAGCUCCAGUUUGGCUUUCCCUUGAAGACUCCAACUCGUUGCCUCAUCCUGGUGAAGUAAAGAAACUUACAGCCUGCGCUACGUGGCAGUUCUUCAUGGGCAGCAUCAAAGACUGCUGUUUAUUUCGGAUCCCUGUAUCUCUUAGGAACUGUGGGUCAUUCUUUGUUUAUUACCUUCAACCUACUCAGGGAUGCAUGGGCUACUGUGCUACUGAAGCAAUUGCAGAAACGAAAUCACUGUCCUGUGCUCCAGGGGGAGUAACAAUAGAUGGAACCUGUCAAGCUAAGCUUCCCAAUCUACUUGACAAACCAGUGAUUACUCCAGAGUUAGUGGGUACCAGCAUCCACCUGAAGUGCAGUUAUGUGAAAUCUGCUUUAAACAGUACUGUAGCGUAUGUGGUGGUGUGGUCACGGGUUUCUCCACUUAACAUGAAGGAAGAGAUAAAGAGAGACACAACCCAUCAACUGUUCUCGUUUGUGGAGAUGGAUGGGAUGACUUUAAAACUGGGAGAUACGGUUUACUGUAGUGUAUCAGCCUUCUUGAGGGGUUCUCCAGAUAUACGUAGUUUUCCCAGGGAUAGUGAACCAUUCUUCGCUGGGAUUAAGUUUGACCCAGUGUCUUUGCAAAUCACAGAAGAUGGUAAAGCACAUAUGUUGUUGAUCCAAAGUACCAUCCCUAUCGUUUGUCUGGAAGAAGGUCAGGAUGUAAACAGUUGUAAAAUAGCACUGCAACUCACUAUUAAUGAUUCAGAUAGUCUGGGUUCCACAACCCUGAACAUAGCACUAUCCUCAUGCCAGGUGGAUUUGGUACAGAUGCCUGCUUGUACAGGUGGCAGCUGUGCAAGAAGCUCACUCUCUGUGAUGGCUGUAACUGAUUUUGCACGCGAUGGAAAUCGUGUCAGCAGUAUUAGAAUUGAGCCAAUUCAAUCAAAACAUCUCCUUUGGCGGGGUUACUCCCCAAAGGAAAUAAAGGUGAUCGUUCAAGACCUCCCAACAGGAAAUUGUUAUUCUUUCACUGAUCCCCAUAUUAUCACCUUUGAUGGCAGACGCUAUGACAACCAUAAAACUGGGACUUUUAUUUUGUACAAGAGCCUUUUGCGAGAAUUUGAAGUUCAUGUGCGUCAGUGGGAUUGUGGCAGCCGCCACUAUGCUGUAUCAUGUAACUGUGGAGUGGUUGCCAGGGAGGGUGAUGACAUCAUUGCAUUUGACAUGUGCAACGGGCACUUUCAAGAAACCAGGCCUCAUUUGUCAGUGAAAAGCAGUGGACCAGAACCACAUCAUAUCAAAAUAAUGGACGCACACCAAGGAAAGAAGAUCACUAUCAUGUUCCCGUCAGGAGCAUUUGUUCGUUCAGAUGUAAGUGACUGGGGAAUGAGCAUAACAGUACGGGCUCCCAGCAUAGAUUUCAACAAUACAAGAGGUCUCUGUGGAAUCUUUGACCGAAACAGUAAUAAUGACUUCCAUGGUGCCGAUGGGGUUCCAUUGGCAGCUGCAUAUUGGAAUAAUGCCCCUGACGAUUUCAUCGAGGAAUGGAGAGUACAUCCAGGAGAAAGUUUGUUUGACAAGACACCACCAUCCUCUGAGAGACAAAAACGCAGAAAUUAUUGCGGUUGUCGAAAGGAAUAUGCUAUGUCUCUCCAUUCGUUUAAUAAGCUGACCACUGAAUAUGGUCAUUCUCAUCUAUCGUCUAGUUGCCAGGCAUAUGACAAUGUGGAUUUGACUUCAGUGAUUCCUUUUUUGGAUGUUACUGCAGAAUACAUAAACAAUCCAGAACUGUCCAUGUUCAAAAAGCGUGAUGUAACUGAGUCUUCUAAAAAGUCAGAAGGACAUACAGAUUUGCAAAAAUACUUUCAAGCACCUGGUUCCAAAAGCCAGCUGUUUAUUUCUACCGGUCAGUCGGUGGGAUAUUCCCGAUGGCCAGACAUAACUGAUCUUGUUGAACCAAAGAUUACAUUACGUAGAGUAAAAAGGCAAGAUUAUUAUGAAUACCUACCAAUAUUCACAUUCCAGAGCCUUAGUCAAACUGAUCUAGAAAGCUUAACUUACUUUUUCCCAGAAGACCAUCUGUCUGGAAACCGGCCUGGUGUGCAGCCAACAUGGCCAACUCCAAGUGGAUUGACGUCAGCUAAAGCCCUUGAGGUUUGUCAACAAGCCCUUAGAAAUUCCACAAUUGGUGUGGUGUGUCAAGACUUCCUAGGAAGAAAGCUUAUUGAGGCUGUGGAGCUCUGCAUUUUAGACUUGCAACUUAAAGAUGAUCUUGCUUGGGAGGAAGGGUUGCUGGCAUUUCUUGACAAUGAGUGUGAAGGAAAACUCUUGGAAAAAAGACAUAAAUGGGCCCAUGGAACAGAUGUUGAAGAAAUAGUUACAGCUCUCCGAUGUCCAAAUCGAUGCAGUGGGAAUGGGCAGUGUACAGCAUGGGGCUGCCAGUGCUUUGCUGAGUACAGCUCCCAUGACUGCAGUGUUGCUAAUGGUCAGAUUCCUGAGAUUACCGAUCUGGAGAAUGGUGGCCUGUGUGAUAUUCGAAUCUAUGAGUGCAGCAGCAUCCGAGUAUUUGGUCUGGGCUUCAGAGACUCACCCAGUCUCCAGUGUGAAGCUACUACUCUAAAGUAUGUGAAUGAAGAAUGGAUUCUGGGAGCUACACAGAUAACGAAGGCAACAUUCCUGAGUACCAAAGCUGUUGAUUGCCAAAUUCCAGCACUGACAAGUUUGGCUAUCGAGACUGUGGAUUUCAUGUUUUCAGAUAAACCUUUUGCCAGGUGGCAAAUAAAGAUUACAAAUGAUGGAACCUUGUUUAGUAAUACGAAAGUCCUAACACUGUAUGAUGGGGUUUGCCAGAUCUGUGAUAACAUGCCUCAUGGAACUUGUAAGUUGAAGGAAAAGACCUGUAAUAUAGAUGGCUUAUGCUAUGGUGAAGGAGACACAAACCCAACAAGCCUUUGUUUACAUUGCAGGCCUGGCAUAUCCAAAUUCACCUGGUCUAUAAAUGAAAACAAUCAGCCACCAAUUUACCAGCCGUCCACAGCUAAGCUCCAGACUUUCUUUGGUGAAAAUUUUGUCUACCAGUUCACGGCUGUGGACCCUGAAGGAUCAGCAGUCCUAUUCUUGCUGGAAUCUGGACCACAGAAUGGCAGCCUAUCACCUGCAGGUCUUCUGAUCUGGAAAGUGAAUUCUCAAGAGUCUGGCAACUUCAGCUUUACUGUAGCUGAUGAAUGCAAUGCACAAAGCACAUAUUCUGUUCAGGUUUUAGUGAAGCCAUGUGGCUGCGCUAAUGGUGGAACAUGUGUUACAAAUAUCAAUUUCCCCCCAGGAAGUGGAGAAUACCUCUGUGUGUGUCUUGUUGGUUUUAAAGGGGAGCUUUGCCAAGAAAACAUAGAUGAAUGUAAAUCAAAUCCAUGUGGUGUUGGCACCUGUGUGGAUGGCAUCAACAACUACACAUGCAACUGUCCAGCUGGUCUCACAGGAUUUGUGUGUCAAGAAGAUGUUAACGAAUGCAAAAAGGCUGCAUGUUUUCCUGGAGUCCUUUGUUUCAAUAAUUUUGGAUCUUACAAAUGUGGAAGUUGCCCACGGAAAAUGCAGGGUGAUGGCCGAUCUUGCAAACCCCUAACCUCUGUCCCACAGAACACAAUUACUUGUGCAAAUAAACCCUGCUUCCCAGGAGUUCAGUGUUUUGAUCGGAAACCACCUUCUGUUGGUUUUGCUUGUGGACGCUGCCCCGUAGGAUUCUUUGGCACUGGGCGAACAUGUAUGAAGAUCCCGCGGCAUGUUUCCCCACAUAUUGUGUCAAGAUUUCGUCAACACUGGUUUCCCACUCUGAGAAUGAACAACGGGCCAGUUAAACUGCCACCAGUGAGCCAACAAACCACUCCUGGCUUUACUCCUUUGGCUGGCGGAGUGACAAUGGAGAAAGCCGUUACUAAAGCUAAACCACCUCCAACUCUCAAGACAGAUAAGCCAUACACGACUUUAAGCUUAUCAUCUUCCAUUGGCACUAUGAUGACAGAUCCUGCAAUCCUCAGCUCUGGAACCGUAUCCCAGAUUGCUGUUCAACCCAAGCUUCUAAAAAAAACAACCAAGUUUUGGAGACCUGCUGCCUCUGCACUGCGAGCUGUGACAGCAUCGCAAGCCAUUUCCAUCACCCACAUCAGUAAUGAGUUAGUUCCUACUGAGAAAAAGAUGACCUGUGCUGACAUGCCUUGCUUCAAUGGAGUUCCCUGUGAGCCCACACAAUUUGGGAGCUUUAAAUGUGGACGAUGUCCUUUUGGAUACACUGGUGAUGGUGUAACAUGCAAAGCUAUAUGCAGGUACCCUUGUGGAAAGAAUAUGGAAUGUGCAGCUCCCAACACAUGUCGUUGCAAGCCUGGUUACACAGGGUAUAACUGUCACAUAGCAAUCUGUCGGCCUGAUUGCAAAAACAGAGGGAAAUGCAUCAAACCAGAUGUGUGUGAGUGUCCCCAUGGAUACAAUGGCCUGACCUGUGAAGAUGCUCUCUGUAUUCCACCCUGUGAACAUGGUGGAUCUUGUAUAACCAGAAAUACCUGCUCUUGCCAUUAUGGGUUUGUGGGCCCAAGAUGUGAAACAAUGGUUUGCAAUAGACACUGUCAGAAUGGCGGGAAGUGUAUUUCCCCUGAUGUGUGUAAAUGUAAGGAUGGUUGGUCGGGACCCUCAUGUGAAACAGCUGUUUGCACCCCUGUAUGUCUUAAUGGCGGAAUUUGUGUUCGACACAAUAUAUGCAUCUGUCCUCGUGGUUUCUAUGGACUUCACUGUCAGAGUGCUGUUUGCAGUCCCCCCUGCAAGAAUGGUGGUCACUGCAUGAGAAACAAUGUGUGCUCCUGUCCUGAUGGCUAUACGGGAAGAAGAUGCCAGAAGAGUGUCUGUGAACCAAUGUGCAUGAACGGAGGGAAAUGUGUGAGCCCAGAUAUCUGUGAUUGUCCGUCAGGUUGGAAAGGAAAGCGAUGCAAUCAACCAAACUGUCUGCAAAAGUGCCAGAAUGGUGGAGAAUGUGUGGGAGCGAAUACCUGUCACUGUCAGCCUGGCUGGGAAGGCGUGCUGUGUCAAAUCCCUAUCUGCGAGCAGAAAUGUUUGUUUGGAAGUAAGUGCAUCAGACCAAAUGUGUGUGCCUGCAGGAGAGGAUACAUGGGCUUAGCCUGCGCCAGAAAGCUUCCAAUUGGACAAGGAUAAUGAGCCUGAAGUGUCAAAGCUGCUUAUUCUGACCUGCGAUAGGUUAUAAUGGUGGAUCGCGCAGUGAAAUUGGGUGAAGAAAAUAUCACUGUGUGUGUACAUUUUCGUAUCAGUAUAUCUCAGAGAAAUGUCCUGCAAAACAAA